GCGGACCGAGGACGCUCGGGUUCCCGCUGUCUGGCUGCGAUGGACGAGGCGGACCGGCAGAUCCUGCGGCGGUGCCGGGUGCAGCUGGUCAACGAGCUGCAGGUGGCCCCGCUCUGGGACGUUCUGCUGACCCGCCAGCUCUUCACGCCCGCCAUGAUCGAGGACAUUCAGCAUGCAGGCUCAGGGUCUCGGAGCGAUCAGGCCAGGCAGCUCGUCAUAGAUCUAGAGACCCGAGGGAGCCAGGCCCUUCCUUUGUUCAUCUCCUGCUUAGAGGACACAGACCAGAACAAACUGGCUUCAGUCCUGAGAGCGCGUUGGCAAGCGGAAAAGCAGAAUCCAGAGGUCAUCAGACCCCAGGACCCCAUGCCUGUCGUGGUUAGAGUAUUGGGCCUCACACCAGAGGAUCUCAGAGGGAAGCAAGGUCCAUCAAAGGCGACUCCUGGAAAACUCGCUCCAGUGGUGCUAGGGCCUGAGCAGCUCUGGCCAGCCAAGCUCAGUCCAGAGGUUCUCAGACCAGAGAUGCCCAGGCCAGUGGACAGUGGCUCUGGACGAUUCAGUGAUGUAUGUGCUCAGGAGAUUUCCAAGCAAAAUGCUGAUUUGGCCUACGCCCUGAACGCUGACCCCUGCGGCCACUGCCUGAUCAUCAACAACGUGAACUUCUGCCCGGAGUCGAGGCUCACGGCCCGCACCGGCUCCAACAUCGACUGUGAGAAGCUGCGUCAACGCUUCCACUUGCUGCAUUUCAUGGUGGAGGUGAAGUGCGACCUGACAGCCAAGCAAAUGGUCCAGGCUUUGGUGGAGCUGGCGCGGCGGGACCACAGCGCCCUGGACUGCUGCGUGGUGGUCGUCCUCUCCCACGGCUGUCAGGCCAGCCACCGCCAGUUCCCAGGGGCUGUUUAUGGCACGGACGGAUGUCCUGUGGCCAUCGAGAGAAUUGUGAACAUCUUCAAUGGAGCCGGCUGCCCCAGCUUGGGAGGGAAGCCCAAGCUCUUCUUCAUCCAAGCCUGCGGUGGGGAGCAGAAAGACCAUGGGUUUGAGGUGGCCUCCGCUUCCCCCGAAGACAGGACCCCAGGCAGUGACCCUGAGUCAGAUGCUGUCCCGUUCCAGGAAGGCCCAGGCCCCUGUGACCAGCCGGACGCCGUGUCUAGUUUGCCCACACCCAGUGACAUCUUUGUGUCCUACUCCACCUUCCCAGGCUUUGUUUCCUGGAGGGAUACCAAGAGCGGCUCCUGGUAUGUGGAGACCUUGGAUGGUGUUUUUGAGCAGUGGGCUCCCUCUGAAGAUUUGCAGACCCUCCUGCUCAGGGUCGCUAAUGCUGUUUCGCAGAAAGGGAUUUAUAAACAGAUUCCCGGUUGUUUCAAUUUCCUCCGGAAAAAACUCUUUUUUAAAGUGUGAUGAGGGCCAGGGCCCCUCCCCUGUUCACCUUGCUUUACUGUUCACUCCAAAACCUUCCUGCCCACGGAGGAAGUGGCCUGGGCCCACGGCAGCUGAGGCCCCGUCUGUCCUACAGCCGUGGCUGUCAUUCUUUAAAGGGGUUUGUGGCCUGUCGUGGGUCUACUCUUUCCUCACUGGUGGCCGACAGGCUCUUAGCAGCUUCCACGUUGGAGACAAAUGACGGGAGACAGAGGAGGAGGAGCGGAAGAUGGCCAAGGACAUCACAGGGUUCUUCCCAGUGGCCCUUUCUCCAGCCAGUGGCUGGGGCCUGUCAUUCCACUGUCGUCACUAGAGGACGGCUUCUCAGCCUCAGUACUGUUGACAUUUGGGGCCAGAUAAUCCUCUGUUGUGGGGCCACCCUGGGCGCCGGAGGGAGUUUAGUGGUGUCCCUGGUCUCUGCCCACAGACGCCUGUACGCCUCUCCCUGAGUCGUGACAACCAAAAAUGUCUUCAGACAUUGCCAGGUGUCCCCUGGUGGGACCCCUGGCUUGAGAACCACUGAUUUGUGGAAAUUUUGGCUACAAACAAACGAGCGUCUGUCUUAGAUCAGCAAGUUUGGGGCUACUGGAGUCUGGACAGCUGGAGUCUGUGAAUCCUAAAUGAAGUUCUAAGUUACCAAUUUUUCUUAUGUUCCAGUAUUCUUAAAAAAAAUUUUUAGGUGAAUAUAGACACUUUUUUUUUUUUCGCCUAUUGCCCCCCUCAUUUUGUUCCAACUGUUUGUUUUUCCUUAUAAAGGAGUUUUUUGCCUUUUUAUUUCUAUUUUUUUUUUUAAAGAUUUAUUUGAGUGAGAGAGAGAGAGAGGGGAAGGGCAGACGGAGAGAAAGUCCCCAACAGACUCUACCCUGAGUGCAGAGCCCAACUCCAGGCUCAGUCCUAUGACCCUGAGAUCACGAGCCGAAACCAGGAGUCAGAUUCUC